AUUUAUAUUUCAAAGGCACAUAAAUGCAGCUCUUCAGGGCAGGAGUUCUCCUUUAUGCUUCAGAAAUAGUCAACGAUGGAAGAAUAAGGGCAAGGAGCCCUUUGAGUAAGUCACACUUUGUCUUGACCUCCAUUUUGCAUCUAUUUCAUGUGAAAUGGGGGACCCUACAGUUUCUCUGCUUGAGAGACGUGUAACAAAUGCAGAAGAAAGGCACAAAAGAUAACAAGUGUCUUCAAGAUAGAUUCAAAGUGCCUUCAAAGAUUACAAAAUAUACUGGUAAUAAGAACCAUGACAGUAUCUCAGCAUACAGUGUUGCACAGCAGCAUCCCUUUGCUCAAAUUAUUAGCAGUAAUAGUCAAAUAACCAUAGUGUUAUUAAAAUUAAUUCAAUAUCAAUAAAAAGCAGCAUUAUUGCUCAUAAUGUAAUUGAUACGCAGGCUGAUGUGAUUUGAUCCUUACAAAAACAUGUUGAUAACAAAUAAUAUUUUACAGCAAAUGUCUUUCCUGUAGGGUCAAAUGUUUGGUAUGUCAGGGUGCUUUUGUGUCAGGACGUUUGAAGAUGGCAUCUUCUGGUUCAGUUAAAAACAGCCAGUGAUACAACCUGAAAUAUGCAGCGUUACUGCCUCUUAAAUACAUUGUUUUCCUCUUGCCUUAAACUCAUGGCAUAAUAGAGAGAGAAAUAAGGUCAGUGCAGGACAAGGAGAUGGAGUGUGAUUUUUGAGGAACCGUAAUCUAGAUAAAUCAGAGAGACAGGUUCUAGGAACAAGCAGUGUUCAGAUAGAGAAUAGGAGGUGGAAAUGAAUUAUGAGGACUAUAUCCUUUUCCUCCUAGAAAGAGAUAAUCCUGUGCCAUUUCUAUCUUAAAUUUAAUUCUGGUGUUUAUUUUUGGUUUUCAUCAUUGCAGUUAAAGACCUGUGUGUCAAAACUAAGCUGUUUCUUAUUUAUUUUUCACUGGUUGUUUCUGCCUUUUUGAUUUUCAAAAUAAUGUUUCAAGUGUUAAAUGCAAUAAUGGACAAUAGUACUUUGCCAUAUGGUAUCUCCAUUACUUGAUAUUUUGUUUACCUACUUUCUUUUCUUCUUCUGUCUUCCACUUUGUAUAGCUUAGAUAAGCUUUGUGUGGUAUUCUGUGCUGAGAAGCAGCCAGCAAGGGGAUGUUUUUAUUCUUCUUCUGAAAGGCAAGGAUGUUCUUUGAGCUCCUUAAAAGAACAGAUUGCAAAUGUUUCUGCAGUUGACCAUAUACAGAAAUAUGGGCCUUGCAUUUGAAGAGCUGUACCUCAAAAAGUCUAUGGAAUUUUGCUUCUUAUCAUGUUCUUCACUAUAAACCUGAUUUUGCUUCCAAACACUUUAUGCAGAGGUUAUUGUGUGUGUGUGUGUGUGCAUGCUUUUCUAAAACCCUGUGCUGUGACUCUGUAGGGAUACCUUCAUCAUACGAGACUCGUGAUGAACGAUUGCUGCUGUAAUCAAGAAUUUACUGGCUUUUCCAUUAGUUUCCUUGGUGAUAACUAUUGUUUCCUCCCACUUUGCUAUGAAAACUGAAUCUUUCUUCUAGCUGAACUAAAUGCAAAGUGAACACUAGUGUAAUAGCCUUUGUGUUCCAAGGGCAAUCACGGGUAAAGUUUGAAGUUCUUGUCCUCUUAUCUUGGGAAAUCUGAGAAAUGUAGAGGAAAGGGCAGAAUGCCAGUGGGGAAAAACUGCUGAGAGGGAGAGGAGCUCUUGUGCAGGAGUGACUGCUGCUGCCUGACUCAUGGAAGAAGAGCUGAUAGUGACUGGGAUACAUCAGGGCAAGGGAGAUUCUGCACCAUAUUUCGGUCUUACUCACGAGGUGCUCAGGUAAGCAACACACAACUUCCUCAGUGUGGAGUAAUGGUAGUUGGAUGAAUGAAAGAGCUGGUGAACCAUCCUGAUGGCUUCUGUAACUCAGUUGUAGAUUGCAUGCAGGUGCAGUAAUACUCUGAAGAUAACAUGAAACAUGGGGAAUAAUAAGGCAUGGAACUUUAGUUUGGGGAGGGGAAAUACAUGAGAUUGAAGUUGAAUCACUAAAAUGAAGUAAUACAUAUUCUUAUGCCUUCUUGUUGGUUACCUCGAUAACUUAAGCACAUAUUGUACUUGGAUCACGUGAAAGCAAUGCUAAUGCUACUGUUUAAACCUGUGUGCCAAGUAAGAGAAACAUACCAUAAAACUGGCAAGAGUAAUGUGAAAAAUACAAACAUAGUCUAAAAUAUGAUGAAAUGUAAUGACUUGUAAGGAAAUUACUUAAAAAGAAAAAAAGACAGACACACUAAAAGUGCCCACAGCAUCAGAGUUUAAAGUAUUGCAAUAGUUCAUGACUCAUAUUGGGUUCUGCUGAGUUGCAGCUUAUGUUCCAGCAUUGCAGAGAGCAUUGACUCUUCGAGUUACUGAAUGUGACCCAAAGUACAUUUUGCUAUGACUUGUGAUGUGUGUGUGAUCCACCAAACGUGUCCACUAUAAAAAGAAAUAUUUACCAUUACAUUAGACCCCACAACUAAGUCAGGUUUUCUGCCCCUUGGCUGAUGUGUAAUCUACACAGAGAUGGGGCUUGGCUUCACAGGAUGCUGAAAAGUUGAUCAGCAUCUUAUGAGAUUAUUUCAGAGCUGCAGAAUUUACAGAUCUGUGUUUAGCUGUGUUAUGCCUCUGUUAAACUUACAUUUUUUUAUCUUAUUCUUUUUAAUACAGGGAGUUAUACUAGUGUAUGAUAUUACAAAUCGUUGGUCAUUUGAUGGAAUCGAUCGAUGGAUAAAAGAAAUAGAUGAGCACGCUCCUGGUGUACCAAAAAUCCUGGUUGGAAAUCGCCUUCACUUAGCCUUCAAGCGCCAAGUGUCCACUGAACAAGCACAGGCCUAUGCUGAGAGGCUGGGCAUGACUUUUUUUGAAGUCAGUCCACUUUGUAACUUCAAUAUUACAGAGUCCUUUACUGAGCUAGCAAGAAUAGUGUUGAUGAGACAUGGAAUGGACAGGCUCUGGAGGCCAAACAAGGUACUGAGUCUGCAAGACCUUUGUUGCCGUGCCGUAGUUUCCUGUACCCCUGUGCAUCUUGUUGACAAGCUCCCUCUCCCUGUUGCCUUAAGAAGCCAUCUCAAAUCUUUCUCCAUGGCAAAUGGCCUUAAUGCCAGGAUGAUGCAUGGACGCUCGUACUCCCUCACAUCCAGCAACAUCAAUAAAAGGAACAGCUUAAAGAAAGCUAAAAUCAUCCGUCCACCACAGAGCCCACCAAAAAACUGUACAAGAAACAGCUGUAAAAUUUCCUAAUCUCUGUGUGGAAAAAGGGAAGCUGGAUGGAAUCUCCUCGUGUGGAGCACUGAACACAAGCCACAAGGACUCCUUGUUUAAUGGUUGAGCACAUUCUAUGUACGUAUCCCACUACAUAGACAAAAAAUGAGAAUAAAUCUGAUUUUAGAGCUUGCUCACUACAGUAAUGCUGCUUUGGAAUAAGAGACAUGUUCAGUGCACCUGAAAGGAUGUGACAUUUUGCUGUUGGAUUUUCACACUGCAUUUGAAUUUCUGAUGUGCAUGAUGCCGUUGUUUUUACUAGUAGAUGUGUUUUCAUAUAGGGGAUAAUUAUCACCAUUCAAUUCUUAAUGCCAUGAAAUCUGGAAAGUGACUGUGUAAUUGUAUAAAAUCCUGUCUUUUUGCAAACUGUUCCAAAAUGUAAGGAUGAGUCAUCUGCAUAUCGAGGCAGAGGUUUUUAAAUGCAAUGUAUCGUAUACAUUGUUCAAUUCUCCAAAUGGUGUGACAAAUUCCAGUAGUGCUGCAGUGGUGCAUUUGGAUUUUUUUGUAAAGCUUCCUUGAUAACUUUGAAGCACUAACUUAACUAAGCUAAAAAUGUAUAUAUAAUUAUUAUGCACAUACACAGCAAGGUUUUGUCCCAUUAGUGUAUGUAAUAGAUUUGAUAAAGUUUUUGGUAUGUUAUUUAAUACUUUGGGGAAUUAAUUUGUGGUUUAAAUACUUAUUUUUCUGUAAAAAAGAAUUAAAAUCUACAUUUUAUACCACUCUACCAGAAGGUUCUAGGAGGAAAAUGCCAAAGACUGUGGUAAAAAGGAACAUGACUUGAAGAGCUGCUUUAUAAGGAAAGAAUAAUAUUUUAAAAGAUAAAUAAAUGUUUCUGGAAAAGAAA